AUGCUAGGAGGGGGAAGAGACUCAAAGUGGUUAGCUGGAGGAGUUAAAGUCGAGUUAGUUAGAGGAGUUAAAGUCGAGUUAGUUAAAGGAGUUAAACUCGAGUUAGUUAGAGGAGUUAAAGUCGAGUUAGUUAGAGGAGUUAAACUCGAGUUAGUUAGAGGAGUUAAAGUCGAGUUAGUUAGAGGAGUUAAACUCGAGUUAGUUAGAGGAGUUAAAGUCGAGUUAGUUAGAGGAGUUAAAGUCGAGUUAGUUAGAGGAGUUAAAGUCGAGUUAGUUAGAGGAGUUAAAGUCGAGUUAGUUAGAGGAGUUAAAGUCGAGUUAGUUAGAGGAGUUAAAGUCGAGUUAGUUAGAGGAGUUAAAGUCGAGUUAGUUAGAGGAGUUAAAGUCGAGUUAGUUAGAGGAGUUAAAGUCGAGUUAGUUAGAGGAGUUAAAGUCGAGUUAGUUAGAGGAGUUAAAGUUGAGUUAGUUAGAGGAGUUAAAGUCGAGUUAGUUAGAGGAGUUAAAGUCGAGUUAGUUAGAGGAGUUAAAGUCGAGUUAGUUAGAGGAGUUAAAGUCGAGUUAGUUAAAGGAGUUAAAGUCGAGUUAGUUAGAGGAGUUAAACUUGAGUUAGUUAGAGGAGUUAAAGUCGAGUUAGUUAGAGGAGUUAAAGUCGAGUUAGUUAGAGGAGUUAAAGUUCAGAUGGAUGGAGGAGUUAAAGUCGAGUUAGUUAGAGGAGUUAAAGUCGAGUUAGUUAGAGGAGUUAAAGUCGAGUUAGUUAGAGGAGUUAAAGUCGAGUUAGUUAGAGGAGUUAAAGUUGAGUUAGUUAGAGGAGUUAAAGUCGAGUUAGUUAGAGGAGUUAAAGUCGAGUUAGUUAAAGGAGUUAAAGUCGAGUUAGUUAGAGGAGUUAAACUCGAGUUAGUUAGAGGAGUUAAAGUCGAGUUAGUUAGUGGAGUUAGUUAA